AUGUUUUCCAAUACAGUUGACUCAGUUCAGAAGGAUGAGAAGGGCCGCUUUCGAGUUCCACCAGUAAAUAUUAGCAUCCUGCAAAGUGCACUAUUCAAGACACAAAAGCUAAUCGUUACGUUCUAACAGGAGCCUACUCCUCCAUCCAAACCAUACGUAUGGAUGCUUCCAUCCUUUCAUGAGCUCAUAACUAAUGAAAACCUAGCGUGUCGGGCCGAAAUCGGUCAAUAAAUGGAUGGUGGAAGAGUUAAGUUCAAAGUGGCCGGAAGGUCUGCCUCAAAACUUUUGGGACAGAGUUGUCAGAGUGGUCAAUGAGGAGCGUGAGGCCAAGAAUAUGUGGGAGUCCGAGGAGAAGGGAAAGGUAGCAAAGGAGGAUGUGCUUCAGAAAAGCUGGGAGAGGCUCGAAAAACUUUCCAAGUAUUGGAAGAACGGCAAGUUCACAAAUGAAAAGUGGACCCAUAAUUUCAUCAGCGUCAGACGUCCACCUCCUCCCAACUGGAUGAAGAAGGUACCAAACUGGACAAAGCCCGCCUUGUUCGAUAACGUAAGGGAUAGUGUUACGCAAAAGUUCUACGUCUGGAGAGAAAGUCGCCCUGAGGCCAGUAACAAACGAUAUUUCCAGGCACUAGAGUCAGGAGAGAUGCAUCAUGAGUUCUUCGAGACGUUACGCAGAAAGGAGAGAAAACUGCGUAAAGAAAAAGAUGAGGGUAAAACGCCGUCGCCUUGCCGUAAGUGUGGCUUCUCCCACUGGGUUGACGAAGAUUGCCCGAAGUUCGCAGCUCAUGAAGCUCAGUUUCACAUUGAGUAG